GGUAAGCACCAGCUGGUGAAGUGUUGUAAUACUUGUCCUCCACAGGUGUUCCGGUCGGCCACUAAGAGUCUGUCCCGCCGCAUGGCCCCCUCCGACACCAUCUUGGUGCACCUGUCUCUGGCCAACCUACUGACCUCUCUUUUCCGGACGGUUCCCAUCUUUGUGUCAGAUCUGGGUCUGAAUGUGUCUCUGUCUCCGGGCUGGUGCAGGGUCUUCAUGCUGCUGUGGGUGUGGUGGCGAGCCGUGGGCUGCUGGGUGACGCUGGCGCUCAGUGCCUUCCACUGCGCCACCCUCAGACGCCACCACGUUGCCGUCGGCCCUCUAGCACAGAGGCGGGAGAGGCGUCGCGUGUGGAUGGUCUUGGCUGUGGUUUGGGGGGCAAAUCUGGCCUUCUCCACGCCGGCGUUGCUUUACAGCACCCAUGUUCAUGGGAAUGCCACCGUGGAACUGAUGGUGAUCAGCUGCACCACCAGACCUCUUCUGGGCUGCAUUUGGGAAUUCCCUUCAACGCAACAGGGCAUUGCCUUUGCUUCAGCCUCUCUGGCGCUAAAUGAAGUGUUGCCAUUGGUUUUGAUGGUCGUCACCAACCUGGCAACCCUGCAGUCUCUGGGAAAGCACAUCAGAGCCAUCACCGCUGGCAGCCAUGGCGAUCAGGACAAACACGUGGCGACUGAACGGAAAGCUGCGCAGGUGAUCAUGUCACUGGUGUCGCUCUUUGUGGUCUGCUGGGUGCUGCAGGUCGCCGCUGUGACCUAUUACAACCACGACGGUGGACAUCACGCCGAAGGGCUGCUGACUGUGUCCCACUUUUCUGCCUCUGUGUUUGUGGGUUUCAGUCCCAUGGUGGUGGCACUGGGACACCGCAAGCUGCGGAGAAGCAUCGGCGGUAUGGUGCUGGGGUGGACUAAGGUUCUCAACCGGCACAGAGUGGGAAACCCAGCAGGAAAGCAAUCCAAGAUGGCCGAUGUG